GUGAAUAUGCCGCGCUGGGUAAUACGCCGCAGUUUGUUAUUUUCCUUCUAAGCUUACAUAUGGCAACAGUGUUCAUGUUAACACAUUAGUGUGAGGUACCAACCAUUCCAAAAUUCAUCAGAAUUCAAAUUAAUUAAAUCGUCAGUGAAAAUCAUCAGUGUAAAGUAACAAUCAAAAUGCCACGAAAUUACGUUCGUAAAAAUGUGAGGGCGUUAUGGUCCGAAGAAGAUCUUCGCAAUGCUAUUGAAGACCUUAGAAAUGGUAGAGGGUCAGUUCGCGAGGUUAGUCGUACGUACAAUGUUCCUGCCCGUACUUUGAUGAGAAGGAUGAGCUCUGGAAACCUCAGUAAAGAAAAAUUAGGCCGCAAAUGUUGUUUGACUUUAGUUCAUGAAGCUAGUUUAGUAAAAUACAUUCAAAACAUGGAAAAACAUGGCUUUGCCAUAACAUCGGUUGACGUAAAGAAGCUUGCAUUUUCAUUUGCAACUAAAAAUAAUAUUCCCCACAAUUUUAAUAUUGAUAAAAAACAAGCUGGCCAUGACUGGUUUGUUUCAUUUAUGCAAAGACAUCCAGAAUUGUCAAUUCGAAAAGCGCAAGGAAUGUCUAUAGCUCGAGCUCAAGGCAUGAAUAAAGACGAAUGCGGACGAUACUUUGAUCUUUUGGGGAAAAUAUUAACAGAAAAUGAUUUAGUAAACACUCCGCGAAAAAUAUUUAAUAUUGAUGAGUCGGGGCUACAACUAAACAAUAACCCGGGGAAAGUUGUUGCCACUAAAGGCGCCAAAACUGUAAACUGUGUCACGAGUGGUGAGAAAGGUGAAACAGUAUCAGUUAUAGCAUGUGUAAAUGCAGAAGGUCAUUUCCUUCCUCCAGUUUGUAUUUUUAAAGGUAAGAAAAAAAAACCAGAAUUUGAAGAUGGCUUGCCUCCUGGGGGUAAAGUUAUCAUGAAUGAAAAGUCGGCCUAUGUAACGACAGACAUUUUUAAAACAUGGCUUCAAAACCACUUUAUUGCAAGAAAGGAGCCAGGUAAAGUACUUCUCAUUCUGGAUGGCCACUCCUCGCAUUGUUCCGAUGUAGAGUUGUUAGAUUUAGCUUCAAGUAACGAUGUUAUAAUGUUGUGCUUACCAAGCCAUACGACCCAUUGGUUGCAGCCUCUAGAUAGAUCCUUUUUUAAGCCUCUAAAGACCUAUUGGUCACAAGCAUGUAACACCUGGAUACAUAAUCAUCCAGGUCGCAAAUUAACUAGACUCCAGUUUCCCACACUCUUAAAUACCGCAUGGGGAAAGGCGGCGACAGUUCAAAACGGAAUUUCGGGUUUUAGAACAUGUGGUAUCUAUCCGCUUAAUGCUACCAUAAUUCCAGAUCAUGCAUUUAUUCAGCAAAAUCCUGAUCCAAUUCCUAAUAACGAAAAUUUAGAAGAAAACGUUAAUGUUGUCAUUCCUAAUGAUGCCGACAAUAAUAACAUUGCCCCCAAUGAUGAUCCAAACAACGGGGUCAAUAUUUUGGAUGAUGUUGCAGUAAUCUCCAAGACCAACAAUACGUCAUUUGAAGCGAUUGCACCUAUUCCAGUCAUACCUGGACCAAGUCGGUGUAACAAAAGAAAACAGCAUGCUGAACUACUUACAUCUCCAGAAAUAAUAGCAGAAAAACGAAACAAAAAAGAAACAAAAGACAAAAAGGAAGCUGAAAAACUAAAACGCAAACAAGAAAAGGAAAGAAAAGAAGCCAAUAAAAACAAGAAAGGCACACAGAAGACAAAGAAAAAAAGGAAUACAAGGAUUACUGAUGAUACCAGUUCAUCAGAAAGCGAAUUGGAAGUGAAUACAGUUGAAAGCGGAGAUUCAGAAUUGGAGCAUGAUGAAUCAGAAUUUUGUGCCCAAUGCGGUGGAUACUAUUUUGAUAAAACAGGUCCCAAAUGUGAUUGGUUACAAUGUGUAAAAUGCCAUAAUUGGGUUCACGAGAUAUGUACUCCUUCAGACAAACAUUGCGCAGAUUGUGUAUAGCUAUAUAGCCUAUUUCGUUUGUAUUCACAUUUUUGUUUUGUUGUAAAAAAUAAACAUUUCUUCUAAUGUUUUGUUGUCAAAAAUAAACAUUUUUUCUAAUCUCAAAAAAUUUUACAUUUCUUGCGAGAAAAGCAUGUUGCCAUAUUCCCCAACGCAUCAUGCCAUAUUACCCAUGGGUCGGGGUAAUACGGCCAAAGCGCAUCAUUCAACAUUUAUGUUUGUAACCAUUAUAUUAGUGGGAAUAUGGCAACGAGCGUUUCACGCGACAAACCUACACAUUCACGCUCUAAGAUGCGACCUUUGCCGUGCGGCUGGAUCAGCUGCUUGUGAGAAUGUGAGCCAUUGAAUUAUAUGUUGCCAUA